AUGGGUAGAGCAAAACUAAGCAUGGCACUCAUAAACAGCGAAAAGGCUAGAUACACAACCUUCCAAAAGAGAAAGAAGGGUUUAAAGAAGAAGACCUAUGAACUAAAAACCCUAUGUGGUGUUCAAGUGUGCUUGAUUAUUUAUGGACCUAAAAUUGACGACCGCCAACCUGAGCCUGAAAUCUGGCCCCAAGAUCGCGAAGAAAUUCAAGAAUUGAUCGAUGUAUACAGAAAGCAACCAAUAGAAGAGCGUAAGAGGAGGACGAGUGGCGUGCCCAACUUUUUGGAAGAUCGGAACAGAAAGGUCGAAGAAGCGAUAGGGAAACUGAGGGCGAAGAACAAUGAGGCCAAGUACCCCACAUGGGACGAUCGCUACAAUGAGUACACCGAGGAAGAUCUGAUGAACUUUUUCGCCAUAUUGGAAAAUAAGAUUCAAGAAGUGAAGGCUAGGGUUGAGUUCAUCAAUGGUAACCCUAGAUUGGUAGCACCGGCUAUGAUGGACUGGGUAAACAUGGGAUCAAACCCUAGAUUGGAAGCACUGGCUAUGGUGGAUCGCGUAAAGAUGGAAUCAAACCCUAGGUUGGAAGCAGCGGCUAUGGUGGAUCGCGUAAACAUGGAAUCAAGCCCUAAUGAAUCAUACUUCCUGCCACCACUCAUGCCAGGUUUAUUUAACAGAAGAAACAUGCAAUGGGAAGUUGUACAUGACCAAAAGAUGAAGAAGUCACUUGAAGUUGACCUAAUGCCCAUGCAUCAGUACUACAACCCAUUUGAUCAUCAGCAAACAGUAGUACUUGAUCAGUUCGAUGGAUGUAGCAGCAAUAUUAAUUAUGUGUACAAUACUACUGUUCCUUUUGACAGGCAAAUUAAUUACUAUCAUCAUAAUGAAGAUCAUCAUCAACGCAUGAUUGACAGUAAUAUGGUGGUGGCUAAUACUAAUAGUAGUUGUAGUGUUCCGCGGGUGCCACCGGCCGAGUACUAUGGUUCGAACGUACAACCAUUUGUGGCGCCUUAUAUGCAAUAUCCAGUAAUGGCAAGUACUGCUUCUUCUCAAGUACUGCAUGCAGCAGCAGCAGCUGCUUCUCAGAUAUCGGAUGAGUACAACUAUGAUCCAGUACUGAGUCAUGAACUUCAUGAUAUCAAGAACCACAAUUGA